AUGACUCAGAAACAGCAGCAGCAGCAGGAGCAGCAACUGCCGCAGCUGCAGAAGCAGCAGCACAAGCAGCAGAAGAAGUUGCACUGCAUCAGCAUACGGCAUUCCGCAGCAGCACAACAGCAACAGCAGCACCUUCUCAUUCCCUGUCCGUUUGGGCAGCAGCAGCGACAGAGGCCGCAGCAAAUGCAGCAAAAAGCGCUGCAGCAACCGCAGCAGCAGCAGCAGCAGCAACAAUAA